AUGAAUUUUCAUUUCUGAGGUCGACUGUGUCUGUCGUGCCUCCCGCUGGACCUCUUUGAUUUGGUUUUUGUUUGUUUUUGUUUUUUUGUUUUUUUUUACGCCAGAGAAUGUCCUUCUCUUUCGAUGCCGUUGCGACUCAGGAGAACGCACAGCAGAGGCUGUACCCCGAGCUCCUGCGGCCUAUCACAGGGCUGAUGUCCACGGGUUGCCACAGAAACGUUCUGGUGGGCGGAGCCUCCAGGUCUGGGAAGGAAAACAUUCUUGGGGGCCAGGGUAUUGUCAAACAGCUGAUUACAGGUUUGUUCAGUGAGAUGACCAAGGCCAGCGAUGGAGAAUGGUUCUCUACAGUGUCCUUUAUGCAGUUUUAUCCUGACAACAGCGCGCUUGACCUCCUGAACCCAGAGAGGCGGAGCUUGAAACCAACGACUCACCCGAUCCUGGGGAUUCUUGUAGAGGGCCUGUGUGAGGUCGUCAUAGAGACAGCAGAGGAAGCCCUCGCCCUUUACGAGAAGGGCAGGGAGACACUGAAGAUCAACAGUGGGAACUUACAUAGCAGAUGCAGCUCCGUUUUCUCCGUCAGCGUUGAGAGGAGGCUCCGCUCGGCCGGGGGUCGGGACCGACAGUACUGCCGCAGCAGUCUCCGGGUGUUCGACCUCGCAGGAGGGGCGCGCAAGGGCGACCUAAACGGGGUCAGUCCUCUGGUGAAAGUUCUGGAGCUCAUGGAGUCGGGUGAAACCCCUGGCAACAGGCUCCUCCCCCUCCUCCUGAGGGACUCUCUGGCAGGAGGCUGUAACACUUUCCUUCUGUACUGCAUCGAGCCACAAGGCUUGCUAGAUGAAGAGACCCCCCAUGCACUGGCCUUAGCCCAGCGUGUCAGGGGCCUGGUGACUCGCACUGCACCACGGCAUUGUGGGAAAUGGAGUCCCCAGGCUGCUGCGAGGGAGAUCCGGGAGCAGAUUCGAGAUCUGAGGACCAAGAUGGUGGCGCAAUCCGAAUGUGAGGAAGGCGACACCAGGAGACUUGAGGAACUGAUCCGAGCUCUGCAGGUGGUGAAGGAUCAAGACUGGGAGAAGAGGAGAGAGCAGUCAAAGGAAAUCGAGGAAAAAAGAAAGCAGUAUCAAGCAAGAAGCGCCAUGGAGCGGACGCCAAGUCGCACCACCGACCAGCAGGGGGAGACAGAGAGGCGGACACACCUCCAGGAGCUGCUGAGGGAAGAGAUGGAGGCUCAUUUGAGAGAGGGGAGGGUGGGUGUGGAGGAGAGCCAGAGGAGAGUGGGCAGGAUCCAACAGCUGAGGGAGGCCCUGAGGGAGGAGGAGCGCAGACUGACAGAUGCCGACAGGGAAUCCGACCAAUCACAGAGUGGCGCUAACCAGGGUGAGAGUGGUUCAGUCCUGCUUUCUGAGGUGGAGGUGGAAUAUACCAAGGCCCUGCACAGGAGGAAGAGACUGAUGGAGGAACAUCAGUCUCUCAUCCAGGAAGAGCUGGCUAAAAUGGAGAGGGAUCUUGAGACAGAGAAGGCGGAUGGGCCAGAGGGGGAGGUCUUGCGGCUGGGGAGGGAGAGGCAGGUCCUGGUGCUACAGAUGGAGGCUCUUCGCCGGGAGAAGCAGGAGGCCGAACAGGACCUGGAGGCGCAGCACCUCCGACACGUGCACCUCCUGCGCUCCGUGAGAGAGGAGAGUCUGCAGGUGUUCAGGGUGUUCCGCCAGGUGUUUGAGGAGCAGGGGGAAGUGGUGGAGGGUCGGUACCGGACUCUGCUGCUGGAGGCCAUCCAGGAUGCAGUCCACCUGUCCGCCCAAAACCAGCAGCUGCAGGUCGAGAACAAACAACUGCGCAGAGCUCUGGCCCAACUGAAGGACGCCCUCUCCGUACGGGGCGACCCCCAGGAGCGGGCAGCUGUCCCGAUAUCCCAGCCGCAGUGAGGGACUCCCACCGCCGCACCCCCCCCCGAAAAUGCGGGUGGGGAGGACACGCAUCGUGCAGGAGCAGAGGGGUGAAUUUGUUUGUCGGCGGAAACGUGACCGCUAGGACGGGACACGGGCGAAAAAGGGGCGGGGCCACAGGAACACAUCACGCACCGGUUCCCAUGGUAACGUGGCUAUCUAAGGGAGAUUACCACAGGCAGGGCUCGUCCUUCUUGGUUAAGUCAAGAUCCUUGCCUCCAGGGCAAAGUAAUCACCCUCAACUACCAGAAAGUGCCCCAUUAGUCAGAACCAUGGCAACAGAACCAUGGCAAGAGGACACAGAUUUGGGGAAGAGGUUUGUUAUUUUUUACUCUAUCCAAAUGACAGAAAUCUAUAUCUCCCUUGAACAUCCAUUCCAAACAGUUCUUGACAUUUAAAAGCAUUCCUCUAAUUAAUGUAAAAAGCAUCAUAAUGUCCUCAAAAAAUAUUAUCAUUGUAAAGACACCUGAACAAUUAACACAAGACUCCUUUUAUUCAAUAGAGCUUUAUUUUCCUUUGACUUUCAUUUGACUCCAUUAUUCCAAUACAUAAAUAUAUAGCGUUUAUUUUUAAUGUACCAUUGUUUAUUUAUUCACUUAAAGCAUCGAUACACUUCUCAGCACCUGCUUGCGAGAUGGGGAAAUGUAUACGUGUUAAACGAUAAAACAUCUUUAUACUUUCCAUAACAAUAAAAAACAAAA